AUGUUUUUAAGUAAACUGUGCGUAUUUUCUCAGUCCCAACCACUGGAUGUCAAAACCAAGUUUUUUAACUCAGACAAGGAUGAUUUAUUUCUCGAAGUCCAGAUUAUAAACACUUCAUCUUCAACUGUGUUUAUACAGAAAGUUUCCUUGGAGCUACCUGAAAUGUACACCGAAGAAGCAUUAAAUACUCUCAACCUGGAUGGAGAAGAUGAGAGUACAUUUGGAACCAGAACAUUUUUGCAGGCAUCAGAAGGACGCCACUACUUAUACCGCCUGCGGAUCAAGGAGGAAUACCUGGAGAAAGCGAGAACCCUCAGUGGACCAACGAAAAUGGGGAAGUUAGAGAUCGUGUGGAAACGGGAACUUGGCGAAAUGGCGAUGCUACACACAGUCCCACUUGAAAGAGAGGCUCGAAGUUGCAGAGGACUGAAGCUGUCUCUGGAGAAUGUUCCAGACACUGUAGCCCGAGAAGAGCCUUUGAAAAUUGCCUUCAAGAUAACAAACUGCACUGAUAAGAAAAUGAAACUGCUUUUGAAGACGCAUGAUACAACUGCUGUUCGUUGGUGUGGAUAUUCAGGGCGAAAACUUGGUACGUUGAUGCCAGGCUCCUCGCUUUCCUUUACCCUGACACUACUGUUCUUACAGCUAGGCCUAAGGGGGAUCUCUGGCAUACGGAUAAUAGACGCAACGGUCAAGACCAAAUAUCGCUACGACGGUGUUGCAAAAGUCUGCGUAGUGCCUUCCGUGGCUAAAAGAAAAAGCUAA